AUGACUCUUCUCGGAGGAGAGAAUUCAGAUUAUGACUACAGUGCUCUAAGCUGUGCCUCUGAAACCUCUUUCAACCAAAACUUCUUCACAGAGACUGAAUCUCUAAAAGGGAUAUUUUACAAGAGGGCCAGACUCAUACAGCCAGGAGAAGACCUCUUUCAUAGCAUCCACCCAGAGGAUCGCAAGCACCAUGCCAUUAUAAACGUUGGGGGCAUCAGGUACGUACUUCCAUGGACAACACUGGAAGAGUUCCCACUGACGCGCUUGGGGCAGCUUAAGCUGUGCAGCAACUUUGAUGAGAUUUUAAGUAUCUGUGACGAUUAUGAUGUGACCUGCAAUGAGUUUUUCUUUGACCGGAAUCCCGGUGCCUUCAGAACUAUUCUGACUUUCCUGUGUGUGGGAAAAUUGCGACUCUUACGUGAAAUGUGUGCUCUCUCUUUCCAAGAGGAGCUUCUGUACUGGGGGAUUGAGGAGAACAGUCUGGAGUGGUGCUGUAAAAGAAGGUAUAUCCAGAAGAUGGAGGAGUUUGCAGAGCUUAACCUUCAAGAGGACGAGCUCCUUGAGAAUGAAAAUGGGUCAGAGCCUGAAGAUGAGAGCAGGUUAAAUAUGUGCAUGCGACACCUGCGUAAUAUGGUGGAGAAACCACAGUCUGGACUACCUGGAAAAAUCUUUGCAUGUCUGUCUGUUUUAUUUGUGACUAUCACAGCAGUGAAUCUCUCUAUCAGCACCAUGCCAGAUUUGAGGGAAGAAGAGGAAAAAGGUCAAUGUUCCAGCAUGUGCUAUAACAUCUUCAUAGUGGAGUCGGUUUGCGUUGGCUGGUUUUCUCUUGAAUUUAUUUUGAGAUUCAUUCAAGCUCCCAGCAAGUUCACAUUUUUGAGGCAGCCUCUGAACCUCAUCGACAUUGUGGCCAUUCUGCCUUACUACAUCACGUUGGUCGUGGACAACACGUCAACAGGCCAGAAGAAGCCUGGAUCAGGGAACACAUAUCUGGAUAAAGUAGGCCUUGUACUGCGCAUACUUCGUGCCUUGAGGAUUCUGUAUGUAAUGCGCCUUGCCAGGCAUUCACUGGGCCUUCAGACAUUAGGCCUCACUGCCAGACGGUGCACCCGUGAAUUUGGUCUGUUACUUCUUUUCCUCUGCGUAGCCAUAGCCCUUUUUGCCCCCUUGCUGUACUUGAUUGAAAAUGAGAUGGCAGACUCUCAGGAGUUCACAAGUAUCCCUGCUUGCUACUGGUGGGCAGUGAUCACUAUGACCACGGUUGGCUAUGGUGAUAUGGUGCCCAGGAGCAUACCGGGCCAGGUGGUAGCUCUCAGCAGCAUUCUGAGUGGAAUUUUGCUGAUGGCCUUUCCAGUGACUUCUAUCUUCCAUACCUUCUCUCGGUCAUACGUGGAGCUGAAACAGGAACAGGAGAGAAUGAUUUGCCGUAGGGCACAGCUGCUGAACAAGACUCAGCUUGGCAACAUGUCACACGGAAGUGACAUCCUAUCUGAUAGUGUGUCAUCUGAUGCAAAGGACUAA